AGACGCAGCAAUGAGUGGACAUAUAUGCGCCACAAAGGCAACUAACCACCCUUAACCUGUGACAGAGCCUCGGAGGAGGAGAGAAAGAGAGACGAAGGAUUACCAUGCGCCUGCGGGGGGAAAAAGGGUGGGAAAUAUAGUUGUCUGUCGGAACUAGAGUUUGAAUUGAUACACUCAAGGACCAAUCAAAGUAUUCUUCGAUAGAUAAUCAAGCAAUGGAAGCUGGAAGAACGUUAAUUCUUGAAGAAUUGAAGUAGAAAUCACAUGAAAACCAUAUUUCCAUCGCCACUAUUUUGUGGAUUGGCUCGUGGAAUCGUCAGUUCGGGAUAUGGAAGUUGCCGUCGAUGUUCUUCGUCCAGGAUUAUGGCUAAGAAGAACAAGAAGCCAACUUUAUCUCCUGCUGAGGGUUCUGAAUCAUCAGCUCCACGGAUCACAUCAAAUGUGAAGCAGAAUUUACAAUUUUUAAAGUUAUGGAAGGAGUUUCAAACCAGAAAAUCGAACACACCAAAGCCUGCUACUAGUUAUCGCAGAAAAAGAGUUGAGAAGGAAGAACUUCCAGAGGACAAUGAUCUCUACCGUGAUCCUACUUUGUCACUUUACUACACAAAUCAGGAUCUAAGCAACGCCGUUCCAGUCUUGCUUGUAGAUGGAUAUAAUGUAUGUGGCUAUUGGGCAAAGCUGAAGAAACAUUUUAUGAAUGGAAGACUUGAUAUUGCUAGGCAGAAACUUAUUGAUGAACUUUUGACUUUCAGUAUGCUGAGAGAAGUGAAAGUAGUAGUUGUAUUUGAUGCAAUGAUGUCUGGUCUUCCCACUCACAAAGAAGCUUUUGCUUGUGUGGAUAUUAUAUUCUCGAGUGACACAUGUGCUGAUGCAUGGAUUGAAAAAGAGGUUGUGGCUUUGAGAGAGGAUGGGUGCCCGAAAGUUUGGGUGGUGACAUCAGAUCGUUGUCAACAGCAAGCGGCUUAUGGAGCAGGUGCAUUUAUCUGGAGUUCAAAAGCAUUGGUUUCUGAGAUUAAAUCUUCACACAAGGAGGUGGAAACUAUGCUCCAAGAGCAAAGGUCAUCAUCAAUGCAAGGCAAAUUGUUGAAACACAAUCUCGAUUCGGAAGUUGUUGACGCACUCAAAGAUCUAAGGCGACAAUUAAUAGAAAGCGAGACCAAGUAGAAGAUUUUAUGCCCAAGGUUUCAUAUGUUUUUCUUCCUUAGAAGCAUGUAAUUCUAACUAUUUAUAAAAUUAUUGGGUUCUACAUUUUUAUAAAAAUACUGGUUAAUUUUUAUA